AUGCCUCUCAGUAAACCCAUCGACUUCAGCCAAGCCGUAGACUAUGCCGCAUUGAAAGACAAGAAUGUGCUCCUCACAGGAGCAGCCAGCGGAUUCGGAGCAUCAGCUGCAAAGAUGUUCGCACAGCAUGGAGCCAAUCUCGUACUGGCGGAUUUGAACGAAGCAGGAGGUAAAGCAGUCGAGCAAGAGCUUGCCUCGUCUGGAGCAAAUGUCAAGUUCGUACGAGUAGACGUAACUUCAGUCGAAGCACAAGUCAAACUCCUCCAAGAAGCAUUAGCAUUCUUCCCCCGAAACGAAGUCGACAUCUAUGUCCCCAACGCGGGCAUCUUGGGCCCACCACUGGCAAUUGCACCCGCAGACCCCGCAGGUUUGUCGAGUCUAACGUCUGUACCACAAGAUCUGGCUGCGCCCGUCAUCACGGUCAAUCUCCACGCAGUUUACGUGGGCGCUAUGCUUACGCUGCGAUAUGGCAUGGGAUUGCACAAGUCUGGAACGGCUCCUUCUCCGAAAUCGAUUGUCUUGCUUGACUCAUUGGCAGGGUAUUGUGGAGCGGAAGGAUGCGUCAGCUAUACGGCAGCGAAGUUUGGCGUGAGAGGUUUUAUGCGAGGUUUGAGGAAGCAUGCUGCCGCGGUGGGCGUGAGGGUUAAUUCCGUUUGUCCAUUUUAUGUCGAUACGCCCAUGACUGCCGCUCUUGUCCCGGCGUUACAGGCUGCUGGAAUUCCUGUUGCAAGCAUCGACCACGUGUUGGAGGCCAUGGCAAGAGCUGCCACUGAUGAGGCAGCUUGGGGCCGUGCUAUCAGUGUGAUGCCAGAAGGGCUGAUGGAUCUUGGUGAUGAUGCUGUGGGAAAACAGGCUGGUACAAAUUUCUCAACGGCUGGUUUGGGUGAGCACUGGGCGGUACUCAUUAAUGGUCCUCUUUCGGAUGAGAUUCCGGCAUGA